CGGAAACUAUUUCGCUUUUUUUGGCUAAAAGCUGUGGUAUUACACUGGGUUGAAUUUUUUGCUUAACUUUCAAAAACGCCAAAAAUGGGACUCGGGUUAUUUUUAACGAGUAGAGCUCACAAUAAGAUCCUAUAUGAACUACCAUUAAAGAAGUCUUCGACUCCUAAGAACUUUAAGGGGGAUAGUAGUAUAACAGUUUGAUAAAAUAUAUCUUCAAAAAGAGAACCGUUUUGAAAGCAAUAUGAAGUAUAUCAUUAAAACUGACAUUGCCAUUAUCCCAGAAGUCGAAGACUCGAACAGGAGAAAAUGACCAGUUGGUCUAAUAAUUGGUCUCCUGCUCGUUUCUGCAGCGGCCCUUGCUACGGUAUUCCUUCUUCAAACGAAAGACAAUGGACCAAAUCCAACUGUUGGCUCACCAAUAGUAUCAACCCCGUAUCCUAUAUCAAGUCAAAAUAUGACCAUUGGAAGUAGAGGAAAAGGUUUCAUAGUUUUGUUUACUAAAAAUGUCGUAGUUACGACAAAGAAUGUAUACGUAACUUCCGAAAACGGAGUUGACAUGAACAUAACAACAUCUCCACAUUUAGACGCGUCAAUAAAGAGCCAAAUUGAUAGACAUGCCAGUAUUCCAUCCAGUCAGCAUAUAGUACUUCCGACUGAAUUGGAACUUCAAAGCUUUCGGAAGGAAGCAAAAUCAGUCCUGAUUGAGACGUCCAGUGAUGUUUUUGUAAUUAGUCACGAUGAUGGGUACGGCACUGUCGGCAGCACAACCCAUAUACCAUUGCAUAAACUGUCGACCAGGUAUGUUGUGAUAUCAUCUGAACCAGAAGCGACUCGGACUAGUCAGUUUGCGGUGUCAGCAAUUGAAGAUAGCUCCACGAUAUCAAUAACCUUUAAGAUGAAACGAAAUGUGCCUCUCAUAAUUGAAGGGAAAACAUUUCACAGCGGCGACAUGUUUAAUCUCUCGCUUAAUCGCUUUGAAACGUAUCAGAUUGCGCAUAGUACCGAUUUAACGGGCACAUUAAUUGAAUCGUCGGUUCCAAUAGCAGCAUUUUCUAGUAAUGACUGUGCUAACCUUGGGGGUUCAGGCGCGUGCGAUCAUCUUAUUGAACAACUACCACCAAUUGCCAGUGUAGACAAAACAUACUUAGUACCUCCAAAUUCAGAUGAACGAGACACUACCAUUCGCAUCACAGCGAUAGAAAACUCAAACAUGACCUAUAAAAUCGGCAGUGUUAGUCAUACGUUAACCUUGAUGAAAUUUAAUUUUCUCAACACCAGAAUAUCAAGCAGCCAGACCUGUUUCAUAAAAUCGGAUGUACCCUUGUUAGUAACAGCAUUUGGAUUAAAAUCAAGAAGUUCAACGAUGGGCGAUCCCUCUAUGACAAUCAUCCCUGGAUUGAACCAGUAUCUCGAUUAUUAUAAGAUUGUUGUGCCUUCUGGAUAUGAUCAUAAUUAUGUAUCUAUUUUGAUGAAGCAUUUUUCAAAAGACUCGCUGCGUAUAAAUAGUUCAGUUAUAAACGCAGGCGAUGUAGUUUUUGAAGAAAAUGUCUCGUAUGGUAACGUUACGCACAACGUCCGACCAAUACGUGUUGUGGAGGGAGAACUCACGGCCUCUACGGUAAACGGAGAACGCUUCUGUUUGGUGUUUGCUGGAGUUACUUAUUACGAGGCAUACGGAUUUUCUGGCAACUCUAUGCUUCUUGAUUAAACUUGUUGUGUACAGUU